GGGGGUUUAUUUCCUCAAAUAUCACUUUCUCCUUCUUCUUCUUCCCUUUCUUUUGUUCUUUUAAUUUGUAUCCUUGUGGUGUGAUAUGCAAUUCGCAGAACACCAACUACUCUCUCCAGGCCCGACCAUAGUUAUGAACAAAACCCCUUUCCUCAACCCUACCCGGCCAUGGCCCGGUUUCCCCUCCUCCAAGCCCUCGUGCAGCGGCGGCGGCGGCGGCUCGGCCUCUUCCUCCGCCGCGUUCGGCGACGCGAACUGCAUGGAACAGCUCCUUGUCCACUGCGCCAACGCCAUCGAAUCGAAUGACGCCACGCUCGCUCAGCAGAUCAUGUGGGUCCUACAUAACAUCGCCCCUCACGACGGCGACUCCAACCAGCGACUUACCUCCGCCUUCCUGCGCGCUCUCGUCUCACGCGCCGCCUCCAAGAGCCCAUCGCUCGCCGCAGCAGUUGCUGAUACCGACAACCUUGCCGCUGCGGCCGCCGAGGUCCACCGCUUCUCCGUCAUCGAGCUUGCCGGUUUCGUCGACCUCACGCCUUGGCACCGUUUUGGCUUCACCGCCGCUAACGCCGCCAUUCUCGAAGCCGUCGAGGGCUACUCCGCCGUUCACAUCGUUGACUUGAGUUUGACUCACUGCAUGCAAAUCCCUACUCUCAUCGAUGCCAUGGCAAGCCGACUCCGGAAACCCCCACUCUUAAAACUCACCGUAGCCGCCACCGCCGGAGGUGGUGACUCUCCGCCGCUUCCGCCAUUGCUUGGAGUCUCUUACGAAGAUCUUGGCUCGAAGCUCGUCAACUUCGCGACCACACGUAACAUAGUAAUGGAGUUCAGAAUCAUCCCUUCCACAUACUCCGACGGCUUCUCCUCCCUCAUCGAACAUCUACGAAUCCAACCCUUCACAUUCAACGAAGCCCUCGUCAUAAAUUGCCACAUGAUGCUCCAUUACGUCCCCGAUGAAACCCUAACCCCAACUUCAUCGCCGGAAAAGUCCCUCCGGGGCGUUUUCUUGAAAGAGCUGAGAGCUUUAAACCCCACGAUCGUAACCCUAAUCGACGAAGACGCGGACUUAACGUCGAACAACUUGGUCUGCCGAUUACGUUCGGCUUUCAACUACUUGUGGAUUCCGUACGACACCAUGGACACGUUCUUGACGCGAGGGAGCAAGCAGAGGGAGUGGUACGAAGCCGACAUAAGUUGGAAGAUAGAGAACGUUGUAGCGAACGAAGGGUCGGCGAGGGUGGAGAGGGCGGAACCGAAGAGUCGGUGGGUUGACCGUAUGACGGCGGCGGGGUUCACCGGAGUCGGUUUCGGUAAGGAAGCGGCGGCGGAGGUGAAGGUCAUGCUUGAGGAGCACGCCGCCGGCUGGGGAAUGAAGAGAGACGACGACGACCAUAUCAUACUGACGUGGAAGGGACAUGAUGUUGUAUUUGCUACUGCUUGGGUCCCACUUAAUGUGGUUAAUUUGAUUUGAGGUUUUUUUUUGUAUUAGGGAUGAUGCUUACUGGUUGAACUUAUUAUCUAAUUAAUAUCUUGUUUUUGUAUUAGUGAAUGUUUAGUGAGAUAGUAUUUUGUUUUUAUAGAUUUUUGGAUUAGUUUUGUAUGUUAAUGAGAUUUGAUC